AUGCCGGGUAGAGUGCAUAUGGAAAUGUUGGGCUCUCAACUGGCUACAGCUGCAAACGACAACUUGAACCAGACAACUUGUGGAAAGAUGCAUAGAUUGGACCUGAUGGAAGGUGGAAAAAGAGUAGGAGAGGGUAUUGAAUUCCUCCAAAUAGAAGGAAUCAAGGCUGGCAAUCACCCUGAAUCUGUUGUCCUUCUCGAUAGCACUUAUAGAUUGGACCGUAAGUUAGUGCCAACUCCACGAACAAUUGGUGAAGAUGUGGCCCUAAAAAUGGAAGGUAGCCCACUAUGGGAAGGCCGCGAGGACCUGGUGGCCGCUGAUUAG